CUGUUUUUUUAAUUUCCCUAAAAAGAAUAUAUAUAUAUUAGUGGAAGUCUUUGGCUACUUCACAUUUCGGAAGUUAAGCAAUUUUUCAGGAUCUUGACAGUUUACAUUUUGUUUGGUUCAGUUAUUAUUAAUUUCCGAAUUUACGCUCUAAAAGUUAGGAUCAAAUUGGAUACUUUCCUUAAUUAUCAAAUAAAAUCAAAUGCGAUCUUGACGAAUCAACAUCGCCAUCGUCUUCUUUAGUGUUUUCACCAUCUUCCACCUCUAACUUACUCAGACAGCUCCUUUCCACCUGUUUCUUCUCUCUUUCUCUAUCUCUCUCUCUCUCUCUCUCUCGCUUUCUCUUUCUCUUUUAUAUUCUCCGACAAAAGGAAAAGUACAAGAAACACAUAAAAGAGUUCACAAACUACAUUUGUUCUUCUUCUCUGUUCUGCUUCGAUAAUCAUGGGUUCCUCUGCUUCUAAAACAGCUUCUUCUGCUUCUUCUUCUUCAAACUCGGCUUUAAAUACAUCUCCGGAGACGAAAUUCAACUCCAAAGUCUCCUCUUCGUCGGUUCCUAAAGCUUUCACGUUUCCGAUGCCGUCGAUUCAUCAUCCACCGGCUAAAAAAGGCGAUACGCAUCACUUCGUCUCCCUUACAUCCUCCACUUACGGUUCUCUUCUCCUCGACGGAGCUUCCGACAGACAAACAUUGCCUCAUCUCUCCAUUUCCGGGAAGAGUAGUAACAAGAAGACGCCUGAAACAGAGGAGGCACGCGACUCGCUGUCUCCUGACUCAGUGAUCAACACGUGGGAGCUCAUGAACGGCCUUGACGAAGAAUUCGAUUUGGCUGAUUCCGAUACAAGUAAGCGUAGUUCCGCCGUAAAGUCUGAUUCUUUUUCUAAACACAUCGUGAAUCGAGACGUGUGUAUUAAUGGAUCUGCGUUGAAACUGGACGAGUCUUACGAAUUCGUAAGAAUCGAAGAAGAUGAUGAAGAUUGGAGAUUAUUGCCUUCUAAGCCUAAGCAACCUCUGUGGAAACAUAUGUCUGAAGAAUCAUUUCUCUCUGAUUUGGAUCCUAAUAUCAUCUCCUCUUACAAGAAAGCAUUGUCUUCUAAGCAGCUAGGCAAAAACAGUAGCACGAAAUCCCUCUCUUGCAGCCACUCUAAUCAAUCGACUCUACCAGAAUCUGUAUCUUCGAGUCCACUGAGUUCUCAGACUGUGGAAGACCUGCAGAAACCAAGAUUGCUUGAGGCAGAAGAUAACAAGAACAAGAUAGUAUUGUACUUCACUAGCCUCAGAGGAAUCCGAAAGACUUAUGAGGAUUGCUGUUGCGUUAGAACGAUAUUGAGAGGGUUUCAGAUUGCGGUAGAAGAACGUGACAUCUCAAUGGACUCCAAAUACAGGAAAGAGCUUCAGAUAGCACUCGGGGAAGAUAAACCGGUUUGUUUACCUCAGGUGUUCAUAAGAGGUAUCCGCAUUGGUGGAAUUGAGGAAAUCAAGAAACUCAACGAUGGAGGCGAAUUAGGAGAGAUGUUAAAAGGCUUUCCAGCUUGUGAAACCGUGGGAGCUUGUGAUAUCUGCGGAGAUGCAAGGUUUGUGCCGUGUACAAAUUGUGGCGGUAGUACUAAAGUGUUUGAGGAACAAGAAGAUGGGUUUAAGAGAUGCGAGGGAUGCAAUGAGAAUGGAUUGGUACGUUGUAACAAGUGUUGUCUUUAGUAAAUUGGAUUCGUUUGAUUGAUGUUGUUGUGAAAUGUGAAGAGAAGAAAAUAUAUGACUUUUGACUUAAGAUAUGUUUGGGUUGGUUGUCUUCUUUGAAUUAUAAAGUUUGUUUUCUUGUACAGUAUAUAGAGUUAUUGAAAUUGAAGUGGCUUAAGCCUCGAUUCUUUCUUCA